CCAUAUCAAUUGUAGACAUAAUAGUAUAAAUAUGGGUAGUUCUACUAUAAGACUAUGAAACAUAAAUAGAGCAACCAAAGUUGAUCAUAAUAUUGUAGUUUCUCUCUAAUUAUUCAUUAUGAGUUCAUUUUUGCUUCAUUUUGUCCAUCGAGACUUUCAUGGGGUCGUUUCCAGGAUGUCUUUCAUUGAUACUCUUCUUUUUCUUGUGAUGCACAAGGUAGAUAAAUUGGGAAUAUGGCACAGGUUGCCAGUGAUUUUAGGGCUAUUGUACUUAGCGAUUCGGCGGCACCUUCACCAAAACUACAACUUGUUCAACGUUGGAGAAAAGCCUAAUGGAGAUGGCCCUCAGUUUGACCCCAAAGAUUAUCCUUACAGAACAGCCGACGGUGAAUAUAACGAUCCCUUCAAUGAAGAUACCGGUAGUCAAGGAACUUUCUUCGGCCGAAACAUUCUACCUUUUCCUCAGAAACAUAAGGUACUUAGGCCAGACCCUAUGGUAGUUGCCACAAAGCUAAUGGCAAGAAGGAGUUACAAGGACACUGGAAAACAAUUCAACGUUAUAGCAGCCUCUUGGAUUCAGUUCAUGAUUCAUGACUGGGUUAAUCAUCUCGAACAGACUGACCAGGUGGAGCUGUUUGCACCAGCAGAAGUGGCGAGUGAGUGCCCGCUCAAGUCUUUCAAGUUCCUCAAGACAAAGGAAAUUUCCAUCACUAGUGGUUCUAAUGAUAUUAAGAGUGGUUCAAUCAACAUUCGUACACCUUGGUGGGAUGGAAGUGUUGUAUACGGAAGUAACAAUGAAAAAUUGCAACAAGUAAGGAGUUUCAAAGAUGGGAAACUUAAGAUUGGAGAGGACGGGCUUCUUCUCCAUGACCAAGAUGGUAUUCCUAUCUCAGGAGAUGUAACAAACAUUUGGAGUGGACUCUCAACUUUGCAAGCCCUCUUUGUUAAAGAGCAUAAUGCAGUUUGUGAUGCUCUCAAGAAGGAAUAUCCACAUUUGAGUGAGGAGAAGUUAUAUAGGCACGCAAGGCUAGUUACUUCAGCCGUUAUUGCAAAAAUUCAUACAAUUGAUUGGACAGUAGAGCUCCUCAAAACCCAAACACUACUUGCAGGAAUGCGUAUAAACUGGUAUGGAAUGCUGGGAAAGAAAUUCAAAGACAUAUUUGGGCACGUUGGAGGUCCAGUCUUGAGUGGGUAUGUGGGCAACAAGAAGCCCAACAACCAUGGUGUUCCUUAUUCAUUGACAGAAGAUUUUGCCAGUGUUUAUAGGAUGCACGCACUUCUCCCUGAUAAUCUUUACUUGAGAGACAUCAAUGCUACACCAGGCCCCAAUAAAUCUCCACCCUUGAUUAAAGAAAUUCCUAUGGAAAAAUUAAUUGGUAGAGAAGGAGAAAAGACAUUGACACAAAUUGGUUUCACUAGACAACUUGUUUCGAUGGGACACCAAGCUUGUGGAUCCUUGGAGCUUUGGAACUAUCCCUUGUGGUUUAGAAAUGUCAUACCUCAAGAUAUAAAUGGCAGAGAUAGGGCUGAUAACGUGGAUUUACCAAGCCUUGAAAUCUAUAGGGAUAGGGAAAGGAGUGUACCAAGGUACAACAAUUUUAGGAGAGGGCUGAUGUUGAUACCUAUUUCAAAAUGGAAAGAUUUGACACACGAUGAAGAAGCCAUCAAAACACUUCAAGAAGUGUAUGGUGAUGAUGUGGAGGAGCUUGAUCUUCAAGUGGGUCUUCUUGCAGAGAAAAAGAUCAAAGGAUUUGCUAUUAGUGAGACUGCUUUUGUGAUAUUCUUGCUAAUGGCUUCCAGGAGGCUAGAAGCAGAUAGAUUUUUCACAAGUGAUUACAACAAUGAGACAUACACCAAAAAAGGGCUAGAAUGGGUGAACAAAACAGAGAGCUUGAAAGAUGUGCUUGAUCGUCAUUACCCUGAAAUGACAGCAAAGUGGAUGAACUGUAGUAGUGCUUUCUCAGUUUGGGAUUCACAGCCUACUCCUCAUAAUCCUAUCCCACUCUAUCUUCGCUUCCCAGCUUAAUUGAACUACAAUAUUAUUAUCAAUAUCAUAUUACCAUUUCCAUUUAAAUAUUAUCUAUUAAUUUUCCGAAACAAUUGAAGGGUUCUUAUGAAGAAUUAUGUGUCUUAACAAAAGAAAUAUUUGUAUCAAACCAAACAUAUUGACACAUAUAUAUUGCAUUCUUCUAUUACUUGGUAUUUGUAUAAUUAAUAAUUGGUUAUAAAGCUUCCUAUUCUUUCAA